AUGGGGAUGAGCCAGACCCAGGCUGCCUGCUCACAAGACCACCCCUUUCAGAAUCUGACUCCGCUCACCACUUGCCCUGUGGGAUACCUCUUGAUGGGGAGGGGCCUGCACACUGCCCCUGCACUUGAGUGCUCAGACUUGGGUGGGGGUGGGGUAGAGGCUGUGGUGUCCUUCAUCCUAAAGCUGGGUGGUGGGGAGGCUUGCUCCUGCCCCACUGGGAGGCAUCCCCAGGUGCCUUGGGCCAGAAGGAAGCCUGGAGCAAUUUCAAGGCCAUUUGGGCAGGUGGAUGGCCCCACGCCUUCAGUCUCCCCCAUCCCCGCCAUGGGCUCAGCACCUUCCCCACCUGAGCUGAAGGAGUGGAGGCUGCCUAGGUGGAUCUGCUGUGUAGAUGGGGUAGGUGUGCAUGGGGGUAGGUGGGGGCCUUGUUAG